UCCCCCCUCCGACCACCCGUCCGCUCCCCUGGGUGCUGCACCGACCCGUAUAUAUUACUGCUGCACCCUUACUUUUUCCCCACAACCAACAAACCUAAGCCAUGAGUUCCCCCGGCCCGGACGACCGUCGCCAGAGCAUUGGCAAGUAUGUCAAGCGUCUGCGCACCGUCCUGAAGCGCAAGGACUCGACCAAGGACUCUUCUUCUGCCAGCGACUCCAAGAAACCCACCGCCCAAGCCCAGGCCCCCAAGCCCACCCAAGCCCAAGCCUCUGCCCAAGCCGUCGAGUCCAAGCCCAAGCCCGAGUCCAAGCCCGUCACCUCCACCACCGGCCAAACCGCUUACCAGCGCAGCGCCGCCCAGCAGGAGCGUGCCCGCGCCCUCUUCGCCAAGUACGGCCUCACUCUCGAGGCGCACGAGUGGAUCACGACCGGCGCCGCCAACGACAAUGUGCAGCGCGUCGAGAAGCCGAUCCGCAUGCGCGUCCACCGCCAAUGUCACCGCUGCAUGACGACGUUUGGCGCCGACCGCGUUUGCCAGAAGUGCGAACACACGCGCUGCAAGAAGUGCCCGCGCUACCCGAUCAAGAAGAAGGGCAAGGAACCCGAGACCAGCGCCGCCGCCGCCACUACCAAGACGCCCGAGAAGACCGCCGCUGCGAAGCCCGCCAAGAAGCCCGAGUACCUGACGAUCAAGAGCCGCACCGGCGGCCCCGACCUCGAGCGCCGUCCUCCCAAGCAGCGUGUCCGCCGAACCUGCCACAAGUGUGGCGACCUGUUCAUUCCUCCCACCGCCACCGUUUGCACCGGCUGUUCGCACACGCGCUGCACCAAGUGCCCCCGCGACCCUGCCAAGAAGAAGAAGUGGCCCGACGGUUACCCAGGUGACGCCCCGGCUUCCGAAUCCGAAUCCGAGCCAGAGGUGCACCGCCAGCCCAAGCCGGAACGUACGUGGAGGAAGCCGCGCAUGCGGGUGCGCUGGCAAUGCGAGGAUUGCGACACGUUCUUUGUGGACAAGUCUAAAGAAUGCGCCAACUGCGGACACGAACGCUGCCCUACCUGCACUCGUCUCCCGCCCAAGAAGAUCAAGAAGGAACCCGAUCCGGAGACGCUCCGGGCUGUGGAGGAAAAGCUCGCGCGCUUCAUGAUGGAAGAUACACCCGGGGAGUCGGCCACGUCGGCCUAAGGCUGCAGCAUGGCAGCAUGAUGAAACACCUCAUAAUGAUUUCCUUUUCCUUUGCUGCAUAUCCAUUCACAGCAAGCAAGCAAGCAAGCAAGCAAGCAAGCAAGCAAGCAAGCAAGGUCACUUUAGUCACUUCGGGAAUGCAUCCGUUUGAUACCUUUCGCCAAAGGCACGGAGGAUAAGGGGUAUUUUUUGGAAAGUUUAGUGAGAAAGAGAAAGGAAUUGAGGUUGAUAGGGGGCACGGAUGGUGGCCCUGCAAACGGUCACCGGUACCCUGACUUUUUUUUUUUUUUUUUUU